AUGUCUUCCCACGACUCUGUCAUUUCUUCUAACCGUCGGUCUAAAUGGGGUCGGGUUCAGGUUUCACCUACCGUCGACAAUACUUUGUCAACUGUAGACGUUGGCAUUCCUGCACCUGUUUCUUCUGCUCGUUCUGCCACUAGUGCUCCCCCCAAAAAAAGGGUCCGACGAGGUGAUCCCCUUGACUCGCUCGAUCCUCGUUCUCCAUCUGUCCCUGCUCCCAGAGAGUCUGCUUACUCCUUGCUUCCGCCCGUCACCGUGUCUCAUCCAUCUGGUGUCGCGUAUCAACAGCUGUGUCGCCGUGUGUCCUAUGGUGAUCUCACUCCUGAGGAGAUCGUGGCCAUCCUACAUCAGAGGCACAUUGCUGCUGCAGAUCCCCGUGGUCUCGCUCCCUCGCCGGUGGCCACAGAUCCUUCCUUCGGGAUUGCUCCUUUUACACAGGCUGAGAGUGCCAAUGUGGACAACGAUGAAGGGUACUGUCCUAUCUUGCUUCUUCUUCUGCCCUAUGGCUUAUAUUCCGACAGUUCGGAAUGUGGCAAUCCAUUCAUGGACGAUAUCGCUGAAGAAAAAAGUACUCGGAAUCUGAGGAUGAGGCUGGUGACGAUGUCACUGACCCUUCUUAGUCUGGUCCUGUUGAUAUUGAGUCUCGUCUUCCCAUCCCUGGGACCUGGGAGUCUGACUGUCAUGCUGACGGUGUUCCUCCUGCAUUUUGUUCAUGUGUUCCUGCAUAGGCAUGUCAGGACCAAGACUACGAAGGGCGAGCUGGCUUCUGGUUUAACCGAAAAACUCACUUUCGAUGAUGACAUCCACAAUGAUCCUUCCGUUGCCAUUACAUCAAAGAAGUUGAAGCAUCCCCAUGCUGUCAUUCCAUCUGCAUCCAUUGAUGUACCUGAUAUGUCAUCUGCGCCGUCUGCUGAAGUGUAUCUUGAGGACCUCGGGUACCCGCCUGUUCCUGUAUCUCGACCUUCAAAAAAAGGAUGUACCCGUUGA